GACACUCAAAAUUGUCUCAAUCCUUUCUUCCUAGAAACUAAUUAUUCUUGUUGUACACUUUGGUAUACAAUUUUUGGAACAUUUUGUGAUCAAAACGAGAGAAAGAAGAAUGGUGGAUUCUCAUGGUUCCGACACGGAAUGUUCCUCCACCAAGAAGAGAAAGGAGAAACCCAAAGAAAAAGGGGUAUAUCGUGGGGCUCGCAUGAGGAGCUGGGGGAAAUGGGUCUCGGAGAUUCGGGAGCCUCGUAAGAAAUCAAGAAUCUGGCUCGGGACUUUCUCCACGGCAGAGAUGGCAGCCCGUGCCCACGAUGUUGCGGCAUUGAGUAUCAAAGGAAGUUCCGCAAUCCUCAACUUCCCCGAGCUCGCGGAUUUUCUGCCACGACCAGUCUCGCUCAGCCAACAGGACAUCCAGGCUGCUGCUACCAAAGCCGCUCUUAUGGAUUUCAAAACUGUACCAUUGCAUCUUCAGGAUGAAACAACGCCGUUGCAAACUAGGUGUGAUACUGAGAAUAUCGAAAAGAGGUCAUCCUCAUCCUCAUCCUCAUCCUUGUCCUCGUCAUCUAUGCUCUCGGAGGAGCUAGGAGAUAUUGUGGAGUUGCCGAGUCUUGAAAACAAUGUAAAAACCGAUUUCGCGCUUUAUGACUCGUUGGAGGGGCUGGUAUCGAUGCCCCCAUGGUUAGAUGUUACCGAAGAAGAUUUUACGUAUGGACAUGAUUCAGUACUGUUAGACCAACGUCUCCAAGAAAGUUUUUUGUGGAAUUAUGAGUAAGGUUCUGCUUUUGGAAAGAAAUUUAGCUUUUUUUGUUUGUUUUGGUUUUUUUUGGACAAACAUAGUAGCUUUUUGUUUUCUCAUCUCUUUUUCACUUCGUGUUUUAACCAUAUAUCUUCUAAAUAUGUAAUUUUUCCAUUAGUAAACAAUGAUUCCGUUUUGGGUACGUAGAGGAGUUGUGUAAAUAAAAAUAAGCUUGAUAU